AUGAGCAGAGCCGGUGGUGUCCCCAAUGCCUGGGACGACGACGACUGGGAGACCCAGGCGGACAGAAGCGAGAGCAAACAGUCCCAGGCCGCGCCGCAGCCCAACCUCAACAGACAACAGCGGCUGCAGCAGCACGCCGAAGCAAACCGGAAAUUAUGGGAAUCAGCCGAUUCGAAAGAGACAUUCCACUACGUCGAAGCUGCCGGCGGCGGCGUCCCUCUCACCACGGCGUUCAAACCCCAAGUCAAAGUCCUCAGCCGCAAGCCCGCCAUCGCCAAGAAAGAUCCAGUCACCGGCCUGUCUCAAUUGUCGCUCGAUGACGAUGACGAUGCCUCCGGGGCGCCGGUAGUGCAGAUGACACCGGACGAAAUCCGCGCAAAGCAGAAGAGAGAUCGCGAGGAGAAGCAGCGGCGCUACGAUGAGGCCAGGGCCAAGAUCUUUGGCGAGCUGGUCGAGACGAGCAUCAAGCAAUUCGGGCGCCAAGAGGACCGGACGGAAGUGGUAGAGGGGGAUUUGGUUUUGCACAGCGUGGCAACAGAGCCACUUGAAUUUUGA